UUCGUGCCCGUACUGUAUCUGUUUUCGUGAUUGUACUUGUUGGCAUGCUUUAAGUUUGAUAAGGGGCACUCCAUAUUUACUUACUGAGUUUAUCUCAUAGUUUUUCAUUGUCCACCAUUUCAGGAUGUGAAACCGAGGACGGGGAAACCACGGGAAGUGACGAGUUAGAAGGCUAGCCAUAUUGUAAUUGAUAUAGAUUUUAAAAGUAAAUCAUGAUCUUGCAGAGGAAACAAAGGCCAACAAGCAGAAUUAACUGAGAUGUGACGUAUGAUUGAGGACUUGUUGCGAGCUGUGCAAGCUUUACAGCAACAGGAACCCAUGGGAGCCCAUAUAGAGAUGCCGGAAGGUGGCCAUAACCCUGCAGACACAUUGGAAGGUAAUCUGGAGGAUGAGACCACGGAUGGAAGGGAUGAUAACCCUUUUCAUGAAGCUGGAACUGCAAAUCAAGUGGAAGAAUCUUUAAUGAUUCAAGGAAUGAUGGCAAUAGCUAAGGAAGAAGGACAAGAUUGGGGGAGUCAUUCCUUAAGUGAAGACAAUUAAGAGAAAAAAUCUCUAGCCGACAGCAAGAUAAUUGGUUAUGCAUCUGCUGAGAAAUUUGAAGCUAAAAGCCAAGAGGCAAGGGUCAUAUAUGCUGUUUUAAAUAAGCUGUCAGGAGAACAAAAAGGAGAAAAUUCUAUGCAACCUAAUGAAAAUCUGCAGCUAUU